AUGCAGUUUGAGUGUAUCAGAGACUCUGUCCUCACAGACUCUGUCCUCACAGACUGUGUCCUCUUAGACUCUGUCCUCUCAGACUUUGUCCUCACAGACUCUGUCCUCACAGACUGUGUCCUCUUAGACUCUGUCCUCACAGACUUUGUCCUCACAGACUCUGUCCUCACAGACUUUGUCCUCACAGACUCUGUCCUCACAGACUCUGUCCUCACAGACUCUACUCUGUCCUCACAGACUCUGUCCUCACAGUCUCUGUCCUCACAGACUCUGUCCUCACAGACUCAGUCCUCGCAGACUCAGUCCUCGCAGCCUCUGUCCUCAGACUCUGUCCUCACAGACUCUGUCCUCGCAGCCUCUGUCCUCACAGACUCAGUCCUCGCAGACGCUACUCUGUCCUCACAGACUCUGUCCUCACAGACUCAGUCCUUGCAGCCUCUGUCCUCACAGACUCUGUCCUCGCAGCCUCUGUCUGUCCUCGCAGACUCUGUCCUUGCAGACUCUGUCCUCACAGACUCUGUCCUCACAAACUCUGUCCUCACAAACUCUGUCCUCGCAGACUCUGUCCUCGCAGACUCAGUCCUUGCAGACUCUGUCCUCGCAGACUGUGUCCUCACAGACUCUGUCCUCUUAGACUCUGUCCUCUUAGACUCUGUCCUCUUAGACUCUGUCCUCGCAGACUCCGUCCUCACAGACUCUGUCCUCACAGACUCUGUCCUCUUAGACUCUGUCCUCACAGACUCUGUCCACAGCCCGUCUCAGGGGAAAGAGAAAGACCAAAGUCCAGUUUUCAUGUCACUGGACCCAAACCAGAAUCAUUAA